UUGUUCUUUCUCAUCAUCUUCAAGUCACAUGGACUCAUGACACACUCAAUCCUAGAUUCUCUCUCUUUCUCUCACUUGUACUACAAAUCUUACAUAUCAUCAUAAGACCUCUUUUCUUUUUUUAUUAAAAUUUAAUUUUUAUUACAAUUUAUUUGAUCAUGGAAAAAGAACUUCAACUAAAACAUCAAGUUGAUAUUGUUGAUUCACCGGCAACAACUUCUUCCGGUCACCUUCACCGGAAACCACCAUCUUCAUCUCCACAAAAAUCACCGGAAGAUUCUCCGGUAUCAUCCCUGUCAUCUCUCUCAUCUUUUAGCCAUGGCUUCACACCUGAUAAUGAUGAACUUAAACCCGACCCGGAACCAGAACCCGAACCCGAACCAGAACCCGAACUACACGGAUCUCCGCCGUUAAACCCAUUACCUGAUUUGACCGGAGCUAGGUUUCCGUCGCCGUUACCAUCUCCGGCACCGGCACCGGUGCCCAUGGUAAACCGGUAUGUUAGAGAUGAAACUGUGCCCAUGAAGAAAAUGGACUAUGGCCCACUAGAGGGUUCUGUUGUACGGACGCCGGAGGAAGUUAGGGCCGGCCGGCGGCGGUUGAGGUCACCGGAGAAAGAAGGGUUGAUGAAAAAGAUGGCGUUGGGUUUUCGGGUGUUUGAGUUUAUAUUUUGUUUGGUUUCGUUGUCGGUUUUGGCUACUGAUAAGCGUCAAGGAUGGGCUCUUGAUUCGUAUUAUCGAUAUAAGGAGUUUCGGUAUUCUUUGGCAGUGAAUGCGAUUGGAUUCGGAUACUCUGUGUUACAAGGAUGUGAUUUAGUGUAUCAAUUGGCUACUGGGACUCAGUUUAAUAAGCGGCAUUAUCUUCGGUAUUACUUUGAUUUUGCUAUGGAUCAGGUGCUGACUUAUCUUCUGAUAUCGUCCGGAUCGUCGGCAGCCACCAGAGUGGAUGAUUGGAAAUCAAACUGGGGUGCAGACAAGUUCCCAGAGCUGGCCACUACAUCAGUUGGUCUGGGUUUUGUGGCUUUUGUUGCCUUCGCCUUCAGCUCCCUCAUCUCCGGUUAUUUGCUAUAUGGUUCCACAUCUCCUUGAUCCAUGAUCAAUUAUUACUUCUAAAUUUUGUGACAUGAUGAUUAUAGAAACUGUAAAGUCAUUUUAGGCGAACAGUAUACUCUUGUUUCUUGUAUAUAUAUUUCUACUAUAACAAAUAAGCUUAAUUGCUUAUGAGCGUACCUUUCA